GUUUUUAUGACGUGUAUAUAAGAUAGUGCUUAUCGUAAAAUAGUUUCGUAAGAUAAUCUGUCUUGAUUUCACGAAGAUAAGGAAAAAAGGUUGGAUAAAUAUCACAUAAAUCUUAGAUAAGGUGCAGUUAAUCGUCGCCUUUUGAACCUGUACCAUGUUACUCAAGCUAAGCCUUGUUUUGGUUGUAAUAUUGCCUGCAAAAGCAUGGUUAUUUGGCUCAGAGAAAUGUUAUGGUUCGUAUGGUUGUUUUGCCAACUCCAAACCUUAUAACAACGCUAAAGGCAACGUACCCGACUCGCCCGAACACCAAAAUAUCCAGUUCCUGUUGUAUACAAGGCACAAUGCCCACACUGCCCAGGUCCUGAAACCACACGAUCAUGGAAGCAUUCAGAAAAGUCACUUCAAGCACCAUGCCAAAACCUUCCUGAUCGUACAUGGUUAUACUGAUAACGGAAAGACCAACUGGAUUAAAACUAUGACCGCUGAACUGCUGAAAAAGGAAGAUGCUAACGUUAUCGCCGUUGACUGGCAGACAGGAGCUGCACAAGUUAACUAUUUUCAAGCAGCAGCCAAUACGAGAGUAGUUGGGGCAGUAGCAGCUCAACUUAUCAAAGAUGUGCAUUCAGUUGGCCAGACACCAUAUUCAAAAUUUCACAUUAUUGGGCACAGUCUAGGGUCCCAUAUUGCAGGAUAUGCUGGAGAACGAGUUCACGGACUGGGUAGAAUAACCGGAUUGGAUCCUGCUGGAUUAUGUUUUGAGAAGUUUGAUAUUAAAACCAGAUUAGAUCCAUCAGAUGCUUCCUAUGUUGAUGUAAUACAUACUGAUGCUGAAACUUUGUUUCAACUUGCAUUUGGUAUGGCUAAAGCUAUUGGGCACACUGAUUAUUAUCCAAAUGGUGGAAAGAAUCAGCCUGGUUGUCCUCACAUUGGAAAUCAUGCAUUAGAUUUGAUAACUGGAAAAAUCACACAAUUAUCCGGGGGUGUAUCAUGUAGUCAUAUGAGGGCUGUGGAAUUCUUCAUCUCGUCCAUCAACUCUCAUUGUAAAUUUAACAGCCAGCCAUGUACAUCUGCAUCACUGUUUAGUUCUGGACAUUGUCGUAGUUGUGGACACGGCUGUUCUCAAAUGGGUUAUCAUUCUUCAUCUCAUGACAGAGGGUCUUAUUAUCUGGCAACCACCUCCCACAGUCCAUAUUGUUAGCUCAACAUAAACCAAUUUUUCCCAACGAAACAAAUAAAUAUUUAAAU